AUGAGUUCAGAAUGGUCAAACUUUUUUUUAAGACAUGGAGCUUUACCAAUACGAGAGGACGAUUGUUCGUACGUUUGGAGUGUUCCUGUUCAAGAUCGUUGCAAAUGGGUGAAGGAAACGAAGGAUUGUUUCACAGAUUCCAUAAUUCAAUACACGGAAAUCCUCUUUUGCAGCUUUAAAUCGGAAAACAAAGUUUUAUUCAGCGUUGGAUUAAUGCUCAUGGUCAUAUGGCUUUUGUAUCUGUUUCUGGUUUUAGGAACAACUUCUGACAAUUUCUUCUGCCCGUCAUUGGCGGUGAUAGCCAGUGUUUUGCGGCUGUCGGACAGUAUAGCCGGGGUGACGAUAUUGGCAUUUGGAAACGGUGCUCCUGACAUCUUCACGUCUAUCGUAUCGGGUAGCGAAGAGGGGAUAAUAAUGUUCACGGAAUUAAUCGGCGCCGGUGUCUUUGUCACGGCGAUUAUCGCCGGUUCCGUAGCGAUGGUCAAGCCCUUUCGAGUCCCCCUGAAGCCCCUAAUGAGGGACGCGUGCUUUUACAUUGUCUCUGUCUGCUGGAUCAGCUAUGUCGUGCGAGACGAGACGGUUUACCUUUGGGAAGCUUUCAGUUUUGUCCUCUUCUAUAUAUUGUUCAUCAGUGUGGUGGUGAUAAUGCAGAUAUUCGAGAGCCGGGAAGAAAGGCUUACAAGCAGGAUCCCAAGCGCAUCGGAUCCAGACAUCCUGCGUACUUACUUGGCGAACAAGGACACAGCCACCAUUCCGAAGAUUCCCGUGAGAACUCGUGCUUUCGGCCUGAGAACCAAGUUAGACGUCGCGAUAGCAACAGAGCUGGAAAGAGAGAGAAAACGGGCGAAAUUGUCAUGGGCAGAGGGGUCUGAGGAAGAAGAGGAAGAGUACGAUAGGCCAAAGGGUCUAUUCAACGAAUUUCUCUACGAUAUUAACCCAAUAGAUAAGGAGGAUUGGCUAGAGGCGAAUCGAAUGUUCAAGUUCAUUUUAAUCGUACGUGCGCCCGUCAUGUUUCUACUUCAAUUAUUUAUCCCACUUGUGAAUACGACUGCCGCAAAGAGAGGCUGGUCCAAACUGCUAAAUUGCUUCCAGCUGUGUGUGACGCCGACGAUGGCGUUGUUUCUAUUAAACGUUUGGAGAGCACAUUUUGGCCCGGUUUCAGUGGUGCCGAUAUUCCUACUGGUUGGUACUGUAAUUGGUGUAAUUGUAUUUCUAAUGACCCACGUGGAUCGCAUACCGAAGUUUCAUAACGUUUUUGCAUUUCUCGGAUUCUUGGCUGCCAUGCUGACGGUCUAUUUGGUUGCCGGGGAGGUGAUGGCAGUCCUCCAAUGUGUAGGAUACGCUUUCAGUAUAUCGGACGCCAUGCUUGGUGUUACGUUCCUCGCUUGGGGUAACAGCAUAGGUGAUCUGAUAUCUAACGUCGCCAUAGCCAAACAGGGAUUUCCACGGAUGGGAUAUGCAGCUUGCUUUGGCGGACCGAUGUUCAAUACACUCUUGGGAUUAGGGCUAACUUAUGGAAUAGCUGCUAGUAAACAACCUCAGAAACGCACCGCUAUGAGAAUGAGUGAUAUGGCGCCCGGUUGCUUAGCUUUCCUUCUCUGUUCGUUAAUAACAACCAUUAUUUACCUAAAUAUAACUGGCGCGGUGGCUCGGAAAUCGUACGGCUACCUCUUGUGCUGUAUAUACUUCUCGUUCAUCCUCCUCCAGUUCCUCAGUGAAUUCAAAGUGAUACAUCCACUUGGCACCGAUCAUCGGCCGUAG